AUGACUAAAAUCAUCGAGCGCAACUCUAAGAUUCCUUGCAAACAGUCGCAAACCUUCACCACAUAUUCGGACAACCAGCCAGCAGUUACUAUCCAAGUCUAUGAAGGCGAGCGUGCGAUGACCAAGGACAACAACCUAUUGGGCACGUUUGACUUGACCGGCAUCCCGCCAGCGCCGCGCGGCGUCCCCAAGAUCGACGUCACCUUCGACAUGGACGCUAACGGUAUCCUAAACGUCUCGGCCAAAGAAAACAGCACGGGUCGCAGCAAGAACAUCGUGAUCAAGAAUGACAAGGGACGCUUGUCGCAGGCCGAAAUCGACCGCAUGUUGUCCGAAGCCGAGCGCUACAAAGAAGAGGACGAGAAGCAGCGGCAGAGGGUCGCCGCCCGCAACCAGUUGGAGGCGUACGUGUUCAGCGUGAAGCAGGCGCUAGACGACGCGGGAGACAAGCUGAGCGAGUCUGAUAAGAGCACGGCGCGCCGGGAGUGUGACGAUGCACUCAAGUGGCUAGACAACAAUAACCUUGCAGACCAGGAGGAGUACGAACACGUUAAAGAAAGUGCGAAGACGAGUUUUCGGUGUUAA